AUGUCGGACUGGCAAGGAGGGUGGGAUUCGCAAAAGGACCAUGCCCCCUCGACGCAUCAACAAUCUCAUGAGCAGGGGAACUACCACCCCUCAGACCCGCUUAACCCGAGCACAUAUCCUCAGCAGUCUCGAGCAGACUGGUCACAGGUCCCCGAGACAGCUCAUGGAUACCGAGGUGAAUACCCUGCAGCAGAUUAUCAGGCUUAUGGUCCCACUGGGGCUAACAUCUCACCUCGCCGCCGUCACUCACUCCCCCCCGGUCCCGACUACAACCAUUUGAGACUGCCGGCACCAAACUUCUACCCGCAGCCUCACCCACUUGGCCUCCCUAAUGCAGCUAUAAGCCAGCAGCCUUAUCACGCCCGCAGCAUGCACCAGCCACCAUAUGGUUCAGAGCUCACCUCAAAUGAGAAUGUCGCCGUAACCCUGCCUUAUCAGGGUCAGAGCGCACAUCAUCCGCCAUAUGCGCCUGUAGCAGGGGACACCCGAAAUGACAAGCCUCCCUCUCCGGACACAGAGAGCGAGAAGUCAGUCAAGGGAAAACAAGCAAAACGCCGCCCGAAGAAAGGGGACGCUGACAACAAGGCGGAAGAGAAGGAGCCGAAUCACAAACCGAAAACGAAGAAAGCUCGAGGUCAGGGAAGCAAGUCAGGCGUCAAUCGUCGAGCGCCGGGGGCCUCUGAUGAGGAUAUCGCGGGUCUGAAGCAAGACGAAGCAGCGAGUGUCACCGAAACAACUGAGUCACAGUGGACUGACGAAGAAGACCUUGCAGUUGUCAAGUACAUUUGCGAGCCAAAGUGGGUCAACUUUAAGGCCACCCAAGCCAUGCACUCCUUGAGAUACUGUCGGUGUUGCGGCCCUGGCCACGCCAGGUGUUGA